AUCUGGUGCAUGGAAUAUUUUUUGCUCUUUUUCUCUCACCCUGCACAAGCUCUUUGCCCUAUCAGAAUCUCGGAAAAGAGAGAAAGAGAGCGCAACAAAAGCGAUAAAGGAAGCUAUAACAAGAGGUGCUUCUAAAGCUAGACACACACACACUCACAUAUAUAUAUAUAUAUAGAGAGAGAGAGAGAGAGAUGUAGAAGUAUCAACAAAAGGAAUAGCUGUGGAAAGGAGCCCUAGCCUUCAUGUAGUUAGUUAGUCAUUGGAUUGCAUGGCUUUGCUAAGCUGCGCCGUGCCGGUUACGCUGCUUCAGCCGGAGAUGGAGAGGAGAUUCUUAUGUGCGGGGAGCGAGCGGUCGGUGGGGAGCGGCCGCAGCAGCAGCAGCUGCGGCAGCGGCGGCGGAAGUGUACUAAGGGAGGAAGCAGAAGAGGAAGAGGUAUCGGUUCGAGACGGUGGGGGAGAAGAGGAGGAGGAGGAGGUUUACGUCGCGGUCGGAAAGGAGGUGAAGGAGGGGAGGGCCAAUCUAAUGUGGGUGCUGCGGAAUAUCUCGCCGAGUACGAAAAUCGUCGUCGUUCACGUCCAUCGCCCUGCAAUGAAGAUCAACAUACUGGGAGCAUGGUUUCCUGUUAGCCAGCUACAAGAACAGGAGGUGAUCGCAUACCGGCUUAUAGAGAAGGAAAAGAUGAAUAAAAAUAUGGAAGAAUUUUUGGAUAUUUGCGCGAGUCAAAAGGUUAAAGCCGAAAAGAUCGUAAUCGAGGAGAAUGAUAUUGCUAAAAGCAUUGUGGAGCUCAUUGCUCAACAUGGGAUUGCAAAGCUUGUCAUGGGAGCAGCAGCUGAUAAACAUUAUUCGAGGAGAAUGAAGUCGCCGAAAUCCAAGACAGCUCAAACUGUCCAGCAGCAAGCUGAUCCCUCAUGCAAGAUAUUGUUUGUUUGCAAAGGAAACCUAAUUUGCGCAAGGGAAGUUGGCGAAAGAUCAUUUAGGGCGGAAUCAUCUACAAGCAGCACGAGUCCUUGGACCAGCGUAUCGACGCGCAUAUCCGAACAAUUCAAAUCCACAUCAGUAGAACAAGGAAAGUGUGAGUCUUCCACCAUGCAAGAAGCAUUCCAUGCAAGGUUGAGAUUGGCGAAUUCGACCUCUAGUGGUGAAGCAGAUCAGUGGAAUGAGGAAUCCAGGCGAUUUCAAGCCUCGAAUCAUCAACUGAUCAGUUCAGAAAUUGAAGAGCAUAGCAACGCCGGACCUUCAUUGAUAAAUAAGGAUGCAGGGAAUAAAGCUGGAUCGACCGGUUUGCCAUCGCCAUAUGAGUAUGAAGAGGAUUUGCAAGCUUCAUUUCCUUCUGAUUAUUCGGAAGAUAUUGAGGUAGAUCAAGAAUCAAGUGAAAAGCUAAGGGAUGCAUUCAUGGAGUUGGAAAAUUUAAAACGUGAAGCGCACGAAGAGUCGUGGCAGCGGCAAAAAGCUGAGAGAGACUUGGUCGAGGCUUCGCGCAAAGUCAAGGAAGCGGAAAAUUUGUUCAUGAAAGAGGUAAGACAAAAUAAGGAAAUAGAGGAGAGACUAGAGAGAGAGAAAGGUGAAUUUGAAGAGGAUAAGCAGCAGCUUAGUCAAAUACAUGAUCAACUAAAGAAGGCAAAUGAGCAAAGGUUAGCACUUGAACUCCAAAUCCGAGAUUCCGAAUGCAUGAUCGAGGAUUUCGAAGGGAAAUUAUCGGAGGCAUACCGUACUCUCGGAAUGCUGCGAGAUGAGAAUAGAGAUCGACAGCGAGAAUGCAAUGUCAGAGACGUUUUUCAAGGUGAGGCUGAGGAGCCAAGUUCUAGCUCUCGCGACGGAGUCAUCGCCAAUUUCGCGGUGUUUACGUAUUCGGAGCUGAAGCAGGCGACUAACAAUUUUGACGAGUCGUUGAAGAUCGGAGAUGGCGGGCGUGGCAGCGUGUAUAAGGGCUUUCUUCGCAGUACGACGGUGGCCGUAAAGAUGUUAAAUUCUAAAGGAGAAUCUGAGUUUAAUCAAGAGGUGGAAAUUCUCAGCAAAGUUCGGCAUCCGAACCUCGCGGCCCUCGUCGGAGCAUGCCGCGAGGCCCGCGCUCUCGUGUACGAGUUCGUUCCCGACGGAAACCUCGAGGACCGCCUCCGGUGCGCCCGCCAGUCCCCGCCUCUCGCAUGGCAGGCCCGCAUGCGCAUCGCGUCGGAGAUUUGCGCUGCGCUGAUCUUCCUCCACUCCCAGAAGCCUAAACCGAUAGUCCACGGCAAUCUCAAGCCCGAGAACGUCCUUCUCGACGCCAACCACGCAACGAAGCUCGCCGACUUGCUAGUUGUUUCGUCAAACACCGCCGAUGGAACAGUACUACCACUCCGCCGCGGCCGCGGUGCAGCUUACGUCGACCCGAACUACCUCGCCACGGGGACGCUCACGCCGCAGUGCGACGUGUACUCCUUCGGGGUGAUACUGCUGCGUUUGCUCACGGGGAGGGGCGCGCAUCGGAUCGCGGAGGCGGUGCGGGAGGCGUUGGAUAGGGGGGAUCAGCUCAUACGGGCGGAGUUGGGUCUGAGAUGCUGCGAUCUGCGGCGGAGCAGACGGCCGGAUCUCGGUAAGGAUGUCUGGAGGGUGCUGGAGCCCGUAAUGAAUGUGGCCUCGUUGUCCGCGCGGUUGUCGUUAUCAUCGUUGUCGUCGUCACGCUGGUCGUUCAGGUCGGAUUCCGACGGGAACUGCAGUGCGCCGUCUUAUUUUCUCUGCCCCAUACUUCAGGAGAUCAUGAAGGAUCCACAAAUUGCAGCGGAUGGGUUCACGUACGAGGGGGAGGCUAUAAGAGGGUGGCUUCAGUGUCGGCACGAUACGUCCCCCGUGACCAACCUCAAGCUCACCAGCUCCGAGCUCAUUCCCAACCACGCCCUUCGCUCCGCAAUCUAUGAAUGGUUGCAGAAACACCGCUAAAAUAAGAAAUUCUUUUUUUCCUUUUUUACACUUAUUGUAUAUUCCAUUGUACAUGUUGUAUUGUAUAUCGUAUUAUUUUUUUAAAAUUUUUUUUGAGUAGGGUCGUGUAGUGUUAUGCAAAUAAUUCGUUUAUGUACUUGUAUCUAAAUUGUUAUAAAAAUAAC